GGUAGUGAAGACAAAAUGAUAACUAUUAGCAAUCAGGAAGGAGAUACUAUAAGACAGACUUCAGUGAGAUCGGAUCCCAGUGAUAUGCAGUUCUCAGUGAUGAAGACUGAUGAAAGAAUAUCAACCAGGGAAAGCACAGUAAGCGUGGUGGUUGGCAAGAAAACAUUGUUUCUUUUUAAUCUGAAUGAUCCUGAUAACCCAAUUGAUCUGGAAUUUCAGCAACGCUAUGGCAACAUUGUAACCUAUAGAUGGUAUGGUGAUGGCUACAUCAUGAUUGGCUUCUCACGUGGGUGCUUUGUUGUUAUUUCUACACACAUUCGUGAGAUUGGUCAAGAGAUUUUUCAAGCUCGCAAUCAUAAGGAUAACCUAACCAGCAUUGCAAUAUCACAAUCACUAAACAAAGCUGCAUCAUGUGGAGACAACUGCAUUAAGAUUCAUGACCUGUCAGAACUGAAAGAAAUGUAUGCUAUAAUAAACCUGGAUGAUGAAAAUAAAGGUCUAGAUCACCUGGCUUGGACAGAUGAUGGGCAGUUGUUGGCAGUGUCUACACAAAGAGGCUCACUCCACGUCUUCUUGACAAAGCUUCCAAUCCUUGGAGAUGCUUGCGGCACACGGAUUGCGUACCUCACUUCUCUUCUUGAAGUUACUGUGGCCAAUCAUGUUGAAGCAGAGCUACCAAUCACAGUUUCUGUUGAAGUGGAGCCAAACUUUGUUGCUGUAGGUCUUUAUCAUUUGGCUGUAGGAAUGAAUAAUCGUGCUUGGUUUUAUGUACUUGGAGAGAAUAGUGUAAAAAAGCUUAAAGACAUGGAGUAUCUGGGGACAGUAACCAGUAUAUAUCUUAAUUCUGACUAUGCUGCUGCACUCUUUGAGGGUAAAGUCCAGUUGCAUAUGAUAGAAGGUGAAGGUUUGGAUGCUCAGGAAGAACGAGAGACUCGACUUUUCCCAGCAGUGGAUGAUAAAUGUCGAAUCUUGUGCCAUGCUCUUACUGGUGAUUUCCUCAUCUAUGGUACAGAUACAGGUGUUAUUCACUAUUUCUACAUUGAAGACUGGCAAUACGUGAAUGAAUAUCGGCAUCCUGUCAGUGUGAGAAAAAUCUAUCCAGACCCCAAUGGAACCAGAUUGGUUUUCAUUGAUGACAAAAGUGAUGGCUUUGUGUAUUGCCCAGUAAAUGAUGGUGUGCAUGAGAUCCCAAAUUUUCCACCAACCAUUAAAGGCAUUCUGUGGGAAAAUUGGCCAAUAGAUAAAGGUGUAUUUGCUGCUUACGAUGAUGAUAAAGUAUAUACUUACGUCUUCCAUAAGGAUACCAUACAAGGGUCCAAAGUUAUUUUGGCAGGUGGCACCAAGGUUCCCUUUUCCCAUAAACCAUUGCUUUUGUAUAAUGGAGAAUUAACCUGUCAGACUCAGAGUGGGAAAACAAACAAUAUCUAUCUUAGUACUCAUAGUUUCCUUGGCAUUUUGAAAGACACCGGAUUUAAUGAGCUGAAACAAAUACUUACUCAGACUUUAAUGCUGAAAAGGUUUUCUGAAGCAUGGGAGGUAUGCAAACUUCUGAAUGAUCAAUCUGGUUGGAAUGAGCUGGCCAGAGCUUGCCUACAUCACAUGGAAUUGGAGUUUGCAAUACGUGUUUAUCGGACAGUUGGAAAUGUUGGGAUGGUGAUGUCACUAGAACAAAUAAAGGGAAUAGAAGACCACAACCUUUUAGCCGGACAUCUUGCCAUGUUUACUAAUGACUUUAAUCUGGCUCAGGAUUUAUAUCUGGCAUCCACCUGUCCUGUUGCUGCACUUGAGAUGAGAAGAGAUUUGCAGCACUGGGACAGCGCACUGCAACUGGCUAAGCGUUUGGCCCCAGGCCAGAUCCCAUUCAUAUCAAAGGAGUAUGCUAUGCAGCUUGAAUUCACGGGUGAUUAUGUGAAUGCUUUGGCGCACUAUGAGAAGGGAAUCACAAAGGACAAUAAGGAACAUGAUGAAGCUUGCCUAGCUGGAGUGGCUCAGAUGUCCAUUCGAAUGGGAGACAUUCGUCGAGGGGUUAACCAAGCCAUUAAACAUCCUAGCAGGCUGCUAAAGAGAGACUGUGGAGCCAUUCUGGAGAGUAUGAAGCAAUUUUCAGAAGCCGCCCAGCUAUAUGAAAAGGGGCAAUAUUACGACAAGGCAGCAUCAGUAUAUAUCCGCUGUAAAAACUGGGCAAAGGUUGGUGAGCUUCUCCCUUGUGUAUCAUCUCCAAAGAUUCACCUGCAGUAUGCCAAGGCAAAAGAAGCAGAUGGCAGAUAUAAGGAAGCGGUUGUGGCUUAUGAGAAUGCCAAACAAUGGGACAACGUGAUCCGGCUAUAUUUGGAUCAUCUUAACAAUCCUGAAAAAGCUGUUAGUAUUGUCAGGGAAACACAGUCUCUCGAUGGAGCCAAGAUGGUAGCCAGAUUCUUUCUGCAGUUGGGUGACUAUGGUUCUGCCAUCCAGUUUCUGGUCAUGUCUAAGUGUAAUAAUGAAGCUUUCACACUGGCCCAACAGCACAAUAAGAUGGAGAUUUAUGCUGACAUCAUUGGUUCUGAGAAUACUACCAAUGAAGAUUAUCAGAGUAUUGCACUAUACUUUGAAGGAGAAAAAAAACAUUUUCAGGCGGGCAAGUUCUUUUUGCUGUGCGGUCAGUAUGCCCGGGCACUAAAACACUUUCUGAAAAGUCCAACCACAGAAGAUAACAUGGCUAUAGAAAUGGCUAUUGAAACAGUGGGACAGGCAAAAGAUGAAGCACUAACCAAUCAGCUGAUAGACUACCUUAUGGGGGAGAGUGAUGGCAUGCCCAAGGACGCCAAGUAUCUGUUCCGCUUGUACAUGGCACUAAAGCAAUACAGAGAAGCUGCCCGAACUGCCAUAAUAAUUGCCAGGGAGGAGCAGUCUGCAGGAAACUACCGAAAUGCACAUGAUGUUCUUUUUAGUAUGUAUUCAGAACUCAAAACCCAGAAAAUUAAAAUUCCUUCUGAGAUGGCUACAAAUCUUAUGAUUCUACACAGCUAUAUUUUAGUAAAGACUCAUGUUAAACGUGGAGAUCACAUGAAGGGUGCACGCAUGCUUAUUCGUGUAGCCAACAACAUCAGCAAGUUCCCAUCACACAUUGUCCCAAUCCUGACGUCAACAGUGAUUGAGUGUCAUAGAGCAGGAUUGAAAAACUCAGCUUUCAGUUUUGCUGCUAUGUUGAUGAGACCGGAGUACCGCAAUAAAAUAGAUCUUAAAUACAAAAAGAAGAUUGAAGCAAUGGUCAGACGACCAGACACAUCUGAGGCAGAAGAGCCAACUACACCAUGCCCAUACUGUGAAUUCCUGCUCCCAGAGUGUGAACUCCUCUGCGCUGGAUGUAAAAACAAUCUCCCAUAUUGCAUUGCAACUGGUCGGCAUAUGGUAAAAAAUGACUGGACAGCCUGUCCAAAUUGUGACUUCCCUGCCCUGCACUCUGAGUUCAAAAACAUGUUGCAGAGUGAAAAUAUAUGUCCAAUGUGUUCAGAAAGAGUUAGCAUUGUCCAUCUUAAGAAGAUAGCUGACUGCACACCAUAUCUCAACCCAGAAGAAAUGGAACAGUGA